UUUUUUUUUCUAACAGUAUAUUUUUGUACACUUUGUUAUAAAAAAUGGUGCUGGGGAAGGUGAAGAGUUUGACAAUAAGCUUUGACUGUCUCAAUGACAGCAAUGUCCCCGUCUAUUCUAGCGGGGACACAGUCUCAGGAAGGGUCAAUUUAGAAGUUACUGGGGAAAUUAGAGUAAAAUCGCUUAAGAUUCAUGCAAGAGGACAUGCAAAAGUACGUUGGACUGAAUCUAGAAAUGCUGGAUCCAACACUGCCUAUACACAGAAUUACACUGAAGAAGUAGAAUAUUUCAACCAUAAGGACAUCCUCAUCGGGCACGAAAGAGAUGAUGACAAUUCCGAAGAAGGCCUUCAUACCAUUCAUUCAGGAAGGCAUGAAUAUGCAUUCAGCUUCGAGCUUCCACAGACACCACUUGCUACCUCAUUCGAAGGCAGACAUGGCAGUGUGCGCUAUUGGGUGAAAGCCGAAUUGCAUAGGCCUUGGCUUCUACCAGUAAAAUUAAAGAAGGAAUUUACAGUCUUUGAACAUAUAGAUAUCAACACUCCUUCAUUACUGUCACCCCAAGCAGGCACAAAAGAAAAGACUCUCUGUUGUUGGUUUUGUACCUCAGGCCCAAUAUCCUUAAGUGCCAAAAUUGAAAGGAAGGGCUACACCCCAGGUGAAUCAAUUCAGAUCUUUGCUGAGAUUGAGAACUGCUCUUCCCGUAUGGUGGUGCCAAAGGCAGCCAUUUACCAAACACAGGCAUUCUAUGCCAAAGGGAAAAUGAAGGAAGUCAAGCAGCUCGUUGCCAGCCUGCGUGGGGAGUCCCUGUCGUCCGGCAAAACAGAAACCUGGAAUGGCAAAGUGUUGAAAAUUCCACCCGUUUCCCCUUCCAUCCUUGACUGUAGUAUAAUCCGUGUGGAGUAUUCACUAAUGGUGUAUGUUGAUAUUCCGGGAGCCAUGGAUUUAUUCCUUAACUUACCACUGGUCAUUGGUACCAUUCCUCUCCACCCAUUUGGUAGCAGAACAUCGAGCGUGAGCAGCCAGUGUAGCAUGAACAUGAAUUGGCUUGGUCUGACCCUGCCUGAAAGACCAGAAGCACCUCCGAGCUAUGCAGAAGUGGUCACAGAGGAACAGCGGCAGUCGAGCCUGGCGCCCAUAGCCGCCUGCGACGACUUUGAGCGGGCGCUCCAGGGACCGUUGUUUGCGUACAUCCAGGAGUUCCGCUUCCUGCCUCCACCCCUCUACUCAGAGAUUGACCCCAACCCAGAUCAGCCCACAGAUGAGAGACCAUCCUGCCCCUCUCGUUGAAGGAAUCCAUGCUAAGCUGACUUGACUUGGGUUUUGAAUCGCGCUUACCGUGUUGAAGAUCGAGGCGUCAUAGCGGAGACCCACUUUCCCAAGAGAGUGGCGGUGUUCUCGCCUGGACGGUGAACAAAUGAAAACAACCUGUGAUCAUGCUUAGAAGCCUACCGUAACAUCAUAGGACUGCUCCACAUGCUUGAAGAUCUGAGCUUUUUUCCCCCCUUAAAUACUGGCACAUACUAGGAGCAGCCUUAGUAGCCUGCAGUCAUGUGUGUCAAACACUCGCCACGCUGUAAGAGAGGGAUGGCUUCCUACUAUGAUUUGGAAAUUUGCACAUGCUCAUCGCUUACGUUGUGCGGUUCAGUGUCACUACAGCUUUUUCUCAUUUAUGCCUGACUGUUGUUACCCCCUCUUACUUGUUCGUGGCCCGCACAACAAGGAGCAAAAGAAAGCUUUGAUAAAAAAAAAAGAAAAACAACGUUGACAAAGACUUAACAAAUGCACUGACUUUUUUUUUUUCUUUUUAAUUUAAUGUAGCUUGGACUUUACCUGCAUAUGCACAUGCUCAGAAAUGUCCUAAUAGGCUGAUCAUGUAUCACCUCUUCAGCUUGGAUCCUCUUGUGGAUUUAUUUACAAACAUCAAAUGCCUUCAAGCCAAUCCUUCUUGCUGUAUGUUUUGCAGCCUACUGUAGUAGAUAAGCAACAGAUCCAUUGGGGGUGGGGGUAGGAGGGCAAUACCAGAAGGAGACUAAUAUGAGACUGUCAGGAUUGUAGACCUUCUUCAUUUCUUUUAAAAAUUUGUUGCCUUUCUACUAUUAUCGCAAAGCAGCAUUUUGUUACAGACUGCCUAAAAAUCACUUAAUCUCAGGUGAACUCAUCACUUGCCAAACUGUUGGAAUGCUAUUUGUUUUAUGUUGCACUGUUGAGUUACUUCAUUUUUUUUUGUUGUUGUUGUUUUGUGUUGGUGUUUUAUUCUCUACUGAGAGGGGGAUUUGGAAGAGGGACAUACACAAAAGUUACAAAACCCACCUGCAUUCCCUUAGUAACUUCCUAUAUUAUAAGAAAGAGUCAAGUUGUGAAGCCUUAAAAAAGAAAAAACAAAAGGCACAAGUGAAAGCAGCACCAUCAGCCACUAGCUAAGCAUUAAAAGAAUUUUCAAAAGGACAUAGUCCUAUACUGUCCAGCAUUCAUGGGCAGAGAAGAUUCUCAGUGAGUAGGGAUAGGAAGGGAAAGUAAAUUUAUUUUUUUACAUAGUUACCUAAUCACCAAAAAUUCUAUACCUUUAUAUAAGGAGUCUCUAGUAGAAAGUAUAUUUCAGACAAGAAGAGCUUGGACUAUGGUAAAAGAGAGCUCAGUUUGUGCACUUUGUAUUAUAUUCAGGGUUUAUGAUACUGUAAAAAUACUAUGACUAGAACUGUAAUGAAACUGGGCCAGAAUAUCAGUGUUGCCAGCUGUACUCAAGUGGAUGUUGGGGUAGAAUUCCUCAGCCGUUGCAGCUCCUGGGGUACUUUCAUGAGCUUUAAAACAACCCCCAGCAGCUUCAAGCAGGUGCUGGUUCAGGACAGAAGACAUGAAAGAUGAGGAAUUCUUGCUCCUGCGUUCAUCCCAGAGGUGGAGGUAAAGAAAGAGGAAGGGUGCAGUGGAGCCAUAAGCUCCAGUAACACAGAUAGCAGCCCCUACCCUGCUAGGGCCUCAGGAAAGUCCACUUUCCUUUUCCAAACUCACAGAAUUGAGACUAUUGACAAAGGGACACGCUGCUGGGGGCGGCUGCUUCAACGAGAGCCCAUCCACCACGUGGCUUCUCGUGCAAUAAAACAGCUCAGAAGGGGGAGAAGGAAAGCUGGUGGAUUCUGCGUGGUGCUUAUUUUUACAAAAAACUGCCUUGGUUUUUAAGGCUUCAUAGAAUGACAUAAUAGGCUUUUCCAUAAGUGGCCUUUAUGAGAACAUGAAGGAUACUUCAUGUUUCAAAAACAAUGACAGGGUGAAAAAGUUUAAAUAUGAGUCGCGUUUUAAGUGAUUCAGGUAGGAGGUUUUUGACUUUGAUAAGCAAAAAUACUGGAUAAAAAGGCAAUUGGGUGAUGUCUUACCUUAUGAGGCCAUUUUGUGAAUGUCCCUUUCCUUUACCCUCUCCAUCCAGAUGAGAAAAUUAAAAAAAAAAAAGCUGAUGGGAUCUUUGGCAUAAAAGGGCAUUUGGUGGUUUUACUUUUUUUCAACUUUUUUUUUUUUUUCAUUUUUGUUUUAACAGACUAGGGAACAAUUACCGAUAUACAUAGCAUUAAAGUACUUAUCACAAUAUAAUGGAAAAAUGCAUAUGAAGCAGGAUUGACCAAUAUCAAAGCAAUUGGCAUCGCAUCACAGCCUUUGAGCUCAGACUUGAGAAAUUCUGAAACUGUAUCCAGUAGGGACUCUCCACGUAAACUCUCCUGUUAGCUCAUUAGGGGCACUGCUCCUCUUCCACAAAUAUUGGUCAAUUCUCAGCAUUACAAAACAUAAGGUUCACAGUUGUAUCCCAGUAUUUGAUAGAGAAUCCUGAUCUGAAUUAGGGAAGAUAUAAGUAAAAUCCAAACAUUAGAGAAACAAAGUGCAAUAUUAAAUGUUUGCUUUAUAGAUUAUAUUCUAUGGCUGUUUUGUACUUCUCUUUCCUUUUUUUU